AUGAAGGACCCCUUCGAGGCGGCCGUCGAGGAGCAGGACUCGCCGCCGGAGUCGCCGGCGCCGCCGGAGGAGGCCGGCGCGGCGGGCCCCGCGGACGACCCCGACGACUACGAUGGCGGCGGCCCGCGGCCCCGGGCGCUCGCCGCGGCCGCGGCCAAGGCCAAGGGCCGGGUCCAGAGGGAGCAGCAGGAGGACGAGGACGAUGAGGAGGACCAGAUGGAGGUCGACCUCGAGAAGCUCCCCUCCAGCACCGGCGACCCCGACUCGCCAAGAUGA